AGUGUCGCUAACCGCUAAGCUAGGUGGUUCAGUUGGUGAUCUGACAGCCUGGAGCUAAAGGCUCCCACACCGCUGGGCUCUCUUCCGGAAUACUCUCCUUUGACAGGUAACGUCAGAUUUUUCCAUUGUGUUCACAAAGAGACGAGGGGUCGUGGUCGUUGUUGAAGAUUAGCUGAGGUUAAGUAGAUAAGUAAUCGGUUAGCCAGGACAUACCAGUUACGUAUUGUCUUAAUGAUAUCAAGCCGAUACUCGCUGUCGUCCGUGAGGUUGGAUAUAAGUGAACCAAGCAGCACAGACUUCUCACUGAUGCAGAAAGACAGCUGCUCACCUACAUUUACAGGUAUAUGUAAGUCUUUAUGGCAGUGUCAGCCGACUACUGAAGCUAACUCAUGAACCACUCCAGCAGCAUAUGUGGCAACUUCAUAAUGUCAUGUCUUAUAGCUAGCGUUAGCUAAUUUAGCUGCAAAUGUAUCAUUUGUAAGUCGCCGGGCAUAUUAAAGUUUGACAUGUGGUUCAGUGUGGUUAAUGGGUUAACCAGUUAAAUGUAUUAACUAGUCGGCGUGUUUGUCAGAUCACACGGGGUAAUGUCUCCCCUGCAGGUAUUUUAAUGCUCUUAAGUGAGAGAGUCGCUGUGUUGACUGGUUAACCAACAAUCAAACAAGUUUAACCCGAACGUACACAAACCUGAGUCUGUGAACAGAGUUUUCUUUAUGCAAAUGAAUGCCUUUUAUGUGGACAGCCAAUGAUCUGAGGUGUAUUUCCAUUUUGCCUCCUAAAAGCAGGGUUGCGGUUUCAGUUAGUCAGCACUAUCAGUGAAACUUUGCUUGUUGGUUCAUGUCUUUAAUCAAGUCCAGAUGGUCCAAAAACCAAUGAUGUUUCUUCUUACAGUGAGGCUAUUUGUCUCUCUUUGUCAGGAAACAAGUACCAGGUUUUUAUCCCACCCCUCUGUGGGAAUGCUAAGAUCGUCCCAGCUUGAUGAGAGAGCGGAUUAUGAUCUUGUUGGAUUUGCACACAGAGAAAAGCAGGGACACUUACCAAAGCUGUGGGAAAACUCAGGAUACUGUUCUAAGCUGUGCUUACCCAUGACUUUAUUUUGUGGGUAAUGAAAAGUAACUACUCUACUAGGGCUGGGCGAUAUGGAAAAAGUUUAUCACGAUAUAGUUUUUUCAUAUCAGUUGAUAUCGAUAUCACGAUAUAAAAAGAAUGAAAAUUAACAGUGCUUAUUGGUAGCAUGUCUUUUGCAAUACAAUAAUCUACUGCAUCUGUGAGGUCUUUGUGUCUCUUUGACGUUUUGUCAUGAGCAAUGUUGUUUACGUUGAUGAAAAUAUUUCGCCAACUCCCCUUUUUUUCCACGACGAAGACGUGAUGUUGAUGAGCUAAACAUAAGUCUUAGAUGACUGAAAUGUGUACGUUGACGAGACGAGACUAGACGAAAAUUUGAGUGGUGGACGACGAACAGAUUUGCAAAAUUCAUGAGCAUUUCGUCAGUCAAACGCUAAACAUAUAUUCUGCAGUGUUGUUUUUGUUGACGAUGAUGAAAUAUUUUCGUCAACGUCAUCGUCAACGUAAACAACACUGGUCGUGAGGUGUUGCGCCAGAGAAUAAUUUGCAGUGCACAUUACUCUUCUUCAUGUCUGACCUCAAAAAAACAAAGUACCUCCACACCACCGACGUUUUCCUGCCUGUGUUGUGGACGAUGUCGUCAUCUGUUGAGCCUUUAUCUGCAUUUCUAUCGGGGGGUAGCACUCAUUUUCAGUGCUGUCUGCUUCACGUGUUAAAGUGCUGUGGUUGUGUGUAGCUGCAGCCUGCUACUACGCAGUUGUUUGCUACUUGGUUCAAAUUCAGCACAUGAUUGGUUCAGCGUGAAGUGGACCUGGAGAUAUACCCCUUUUCAAUGGCUAUUCAUAUAUUCUACCAAAACAUGGCAGAAUGCCGCCUAUCAAAAAGCAUAUUGACCAUGUUUUAUAUUGAUAUUGAGGGAAAUUAAUUUUCAGUAUAUAUCGUUUAAUCGCCCAGCCCUGUUUGUGGGUUAUGAAAAGUCACUACUCAACCUACAGUUCCUUUCAUUUACGCAUCUACCAGAGACAGUUUCUCUCUGGAAAGGCUCUGUAUGUAUUUUCUGUGCUCUAUUUUAAUCAAAAACUUUCCUCACAGCUGAAGAAAACCCUCAGAUGUGAUUUCAACUUGUGAUCAAGGACAGAUGCACUGCCCAUGCUGCCACAGUGGAUCUGCUGUCACCAUGCUACAGAGAGAAGAAUGACAUUUGUCUCAUUUUAAUUCCUGGAGCUGCUUCGGACAGAGUAGAGCCCUGCAUAAAAAGCUGCUUCUCUAAGCCAAGUUGCUCUUUUUUUUUUUCACUCAGCCCUCUUUUUUUCCAGCCUAGUGAGCGAACUGUUGUGGCUCUGAAGGCCAACUAAGCAGAAGGACAAAACUGGAGGAUUAGACUGUGCAAAGGGAGCGGAGACUGGACCAAGAUAGCAGGCUCACAGUAGCAAACAUCAUGCAGAGGGGACACUAGGGUCCCUGUUUGAGACCCCUUCUGUGUGGCGCUUGUUCGUUUUUUUUUUUUUCCCCCCUGCAGUCUAUCGGUUUGGAUGGUUGAGCACAAGGGCUACUUUGAAGGAGACCACCGGUGGCUGUGGUUUGGCCAAAGCUGACAGGCUGCAUGCCAGCUAUUGCUGAUUUAAAACACUAGUCAACCAACACCACUGCUAUAGCCCACUUUGCCACGGUCUUCAGUAUGGUGAGUGGAGGCAGGAGGCAGGACAGGACAGGACCUGGACCGUCAACACUGGUGUAGCUGGUUACUCUUCACAUUUUUUUUUUUUUCUGCACUGUGACAAAUUACAUUCCAGUUUUCAAGGACUUUUACUCUCUGUGUUGGAAAAAAAAAAAUCCCAGAGCAGACAAGGUCAUUUCUUAAAAUUCAAACCCCGGAAAGAGGACUGCUGCUGCAGGGGAGGAUGAAGCUGAGGAAACAGGUGACAGUGUGCGGAGGGGCCAUAUUCUGUGUGGCUGUUUUUUCACUGUAUCUGAUGUUGGAUCGAGUCCAACAUGACCCUGCAAGACGACAGAGCGGCGGGAACUUUCCUCGGGUAAGAAAAAUGGCUGUAGUCUUCCUUGUUAAAACACUUUUUUGGAUGUUUUGUUGUGAAAAACAAGCGGAAACUGACAUCAAGACUUCUAACAGGAUUGAACUAUACAGUUGCUUUUUUUCCCCCUGAUUUGAACGAUCAUAUUUUAGUUAUGUUUCUAUUACAUACAGUCCUAUUUCACAAAAAAAAUUUUUUUUUUUUUUUGCUGCAACAGAGAAAAAGAAUUUAGGUUUGGUUAACAGAUGUUUGAUGACGUUACACAGCUGCAUGAUUUAUUAUUUUGUCUGCACUUUUGUCUGUAGAGCCAAAUCUCAGUUCUGCAGAACCGAAUAGAGCAGCUGGAGCAGCUCCUGGAGGAAAACCAUCAAAUAAUCAGCCACAUAAAGGACUCUGUGAUGGAGCUCACAGACACAGGAGCUGUGUCUCCCAGCGGCCACCUGCCUUUUAGAAGUGCCAAUGGUUCCUGGGUCUUACCCUUUGAUGGUCGUCCCACUUUCCUUGCUGUUAAACCCCAGGAUUGCCAGUUUGCUGCAGGCAGCCGGGGUCAAACAGACGUUCAGGUGGGCUCGCUAUGUGGAUGACUUUAACCUUAAGAAUAACAUAUUAUGCCUUUUUCUCUGAAUGCCACUGUAUGUUUGUUUUGGGAUAUCAUCUUGGAGCAUAGAAAGAGUUUGUGUUUCCUUUUUUUUAGAUGCUGGAUGUUUACUCGCUCCUCAAGUUUGAUAACCCAGACGGUGGGGUUUGGAAACAGGGCUUUGACAUUACCUACGACCCUGAAGAGUGGGACAAUGAACCGCUGCAAGUAUUUGUGGUUCCCCACUCUCACAAUGAUCCAGGUGAGAGCAGAGGACAUGAUGCACGUGAGGCUUUGUAGAGAAUAUUGAAAUGUCUCAGUGGUUUUUCAGCUUGUUGUCUAUUUUGGGUAAAUAACAUCAAGUCUACCUGAGUGUGUGGACCCAGAAAUAAUUUAAAACUCUUUCCUGUAAUUGUUGUUAGCACACAUUUGACAUGAUUGUCAGCUUAGCCUCAAACAGACAAAUAAGAAAAGGUGCUUGCAUUGGUAACUCCAGCUAUUUAAAGACUCGGUUGUCUCACAUUUUAUCCUGGAUUGACACUUCUAUUAAAAAUGUUCUCCUGGGCUGCUGCAUGCUUACUAACAUAAAAGUCAUUGUGGUGCUGACAGACAGAGACGUACAAAUUUAGUCUGUCAGCAGUGAGAGGAGGCCUCAUUUUGGAGCUACUUGGCUGCAGAUGUUUUUACAGUUGUUAUGCAGUACUCCGUGUUGUAGGUUUAAAGACCCAGAAGUCAACCUUUAGGUCAAGAUGAUGUAACAUGAGGAAGUUUCCCUGAUGAAAGGCUCAUUUCCUUUAAUGGAAAUAGGAUUUUGAAAGGUUGUGGUGAACUCAGGGUAAGCAUGUCAAACAACGAGUAAAUAAUCCUGUUGUUCACGACUUCCUUUAGUUCACUUUAGUAACUCAGUUGUGCUGAGUUUACGCAUGACUGCAGAAGUCUCUCUAAAAGAGUGUAUAUGAGGCCGCAUUAUUAUAUGAGACGAAUACUUGAUGUGAUAUUUGUAGCUCGUGGUAUUCCACAUAGUCGAAAACCAAAAAGGCAAAGUAAGUACCCCGUAGUCACUUACUUUUAAGCCACUCUGCUACCAAAAAGCUUUCAAAGGGGGAGCAGCUCUCCUUUAAUAAAAUAUGAUUUUAUUUUUGAUCCAGUGCAGUACUUUUUCUGCAGAGUCUCCCACCUGCCCAAUGUUCUUGUCCUUAUAUCGACCAGCUAGAUGAAAAGGUUGUAGGGGAGAAGGUCUGACUUAAAGAGAUGGUUUCAUUUGUGGGCAGUCUGUUUGCAAAGUGUGGUGUGAAAAUUGCUCAUUUUUCAUCUUCUCAUCCUGUUAGGUUGGAUCAAGACUUUUGACAAGUACUUCACAGACCAGACGCAGCACAUUUUAAACAACAUGGUGGUGAAGCUGGCAGAAGAUCCCCGGAGGAAGUUCAUCUGGUCUGAGAUCUCUUUCUUCUCCAAGUGGUGGGAGAGCGCAGACAUACACAAGCAGGAGGCAAUGCGCAAGUGAGUCACGGUUGAUAAUUCCUCAAUGCCUUCUUGCCUUAAGUACAGUGUCUUACACAAUGGGUAGUAUCUGCUGGCGGAAUGUGGUUGCUCUAAAAAUAGCUUGUUAUCUGCUUAAUGUGACUGUCCCUCUUUAGGGCUGGAUUAUCCUCACCUUGCUUUCUUAAUCCUCUCUGUUCAACAGACUGAUCCUGGGAGGGCAGCUGGAGAUUGUGACGGGCGGAUGGGUGAUGACGGAUGAAGCUAACGUUCACUACUUUGCCAUGAUAGACCAGCUCAUUGAAGGGCAUCAGUGGCUGGAGAGAAAUCUUGGUACGCAGAAAGAACUCCAGACUUUCUGUAUAAAUUAAAGACCCACUCCGACAAAAAUCAUGUUUUUCUACAUGUUCAUGUUGCAUUUUUCUGAUGCUACAGGACAUAUCAUGAGAAAAUAAGUGCAAAAUUGCAUUUCUGAGUAUUUCUACAUUCAAAUUGCUGUAAAUCUCUGGCAGACCCCAAACGGCAGCUUUAGACAAAGUGAGAUUUUCUUUGUAGCAAAUCCAAGCUCCGCCCCCACAGCCCCACUAUGCAAGUCUGGCUUGGAGAAAUAGAGAGGAAAAUAGCGGAACAAGUGUGUGCUUUAGCGGAUUGCAAAGCUUGUAAGAAAGCUAAUUAUGAUACUGAGUUUCAUCAUGUCCCCAAAGAUAUUAGUGACUGAGAGCCAAAUAGCUCCUACGUUACCUGCAUCUUCUACUACACUGGCAAUGUUAAGGUCCUUACACACCAGCGAAUUUGCGAGGGACGCGAAAAAGCGAGACGGCAAUACGGAAAUAUUUGCCGGUCCGAAAAAUCGCUUUCGCUUAUACACACCGGGUGACCACUCUGUGGUACACACUCUCUCCCAUCGUUGCUCUUGGUGCCAGUGGUGGUGUGUGUCGUGUGAACUGUGAACUGUGUGACGUCAUCAACAACAUGACUUUUGAUUGGCCAGAGGUCUAGCAGGUCCAGAUAUUCGCCUGCGAAUCUCCGAAAAAUUCGACACAAGAGCGAAAAAAUAAAAGAGGCUUUUCGCCCCGCGGAAAAAUCGCUGCCAGUGUGGAAGCUUGCAUUGACUUUAUGCUGUUUUAAAAAAAGGCGAAUAAUUUGCCUGGCAAAUUCGCGCCUGGUGUGUAAGGACCUUUAGUCUGCAAGCUAGCAUGAAGAGGAGUGUGCAGAGCAGCGCUGUCUCCGCCCACGACUCGGAGGCAAAUUGCAAAUGAACUACUGGUGCUCUGCAGAAGAAAAGUCCUUGAAAAUGACACAGGGAACGUGAUUUUGGCUAAAAACUGAGAACACUACAAGUAGUAAAAAAAAAAAUGAUUGGAGUGGGACUUUAAGUCAUACUUUGCCUCAAUCUUUAGAUAAAUAAAUCAAGGUGAUAACACUUUUCAGUGGAUGAUGAUAAAAUCUGAGCCUGUCAUCCAGCACGCAGGGAGUGUAGCCUCUCACUCAGUGGGUGAUAAAAAGCUUUGUCCUAUUUCCACUGCUUCCAGCUGAGGAGAAUGAUUAUCUUAAAGAUGCAUCUCUUCUUUUAUCUACUCUUAAACCUGAAAUACUUACUUCCUGCUCCCUGCCUUAGGUAUAACUCCCCGCAGUGGGUGGGCGGUGGACCCUUUCGGCCACAGCGCUACAAUGCCCUAUCUACUGAAGAGAGCCAACCUGACCAGCAUGCUCAUCCAGCGAGUCCACUACUCCAUCAAGAAAUACUUUGCCUCCACCCGCAGCCUGGAGUUUAUGUGGAGGCAGGCCUGGGGUAAGUGGACCAGAGUUAGAGAAGUCAUAUGAUUCAUGUGCUUAUCUCUGUUAAGCUCAUUGCAGGAUGAGUCAUGCCUUCUUAUCAUGGCAUUUGAAAGAGACAGGAACUUUAGAAAGAACAGUCAGCGUGUAAUAGCUGAAAAGAGCUAUCUUCAUUAUUAUUUCUUAAUGAAUUGAACAUCUGCUGAAGAUUUAUGGUCCAUUUGUGCGAAAUGGAACAAUCUUCUGGUAUUACACAUUUAGAUACGAUCAAUUUGAGAUAAUUGGUCCUUUUGAGGAUUCAUUUUGUAAUGAAGAGUUAAUUUUCGCUGCGUCAUCCAGCAUUGCUUGUGAGGAUGAACACUGAAGCUGUCAAUUCAAAUUGCCAACAUGUUUACGAGCACAAUAUUUAACUGAUUAAAAAACAACAUCCAUCCUUGCAGCAAGAUUUGGGUGUUAAAGUCCUCUCUUAUGAGGCUGUCAACAACUCUCUUCUUUCUAGCCAACAUGUAUCUUUUUUUUCUUUUUAUCUCUGCUGCUUUCCCAGACACUGGGUCCAGCACAGACAUGUUUUGCCACAUGAUGCCAUUCUACAGCUAUGAUGUGCCUCACACCUGCGGGCCUGACCCCAAGAUCUGCUGCCAGUUUGAUUUCAAGAGGUUACCUGGUGGGCGGAUCAACUGUCCUUGGAAGGUGCCGCCGAAGACUGUGGUGGAGGCUAAUGUAGCAGAGAGGUGAGACAUAGGAGUUUGUUUGCUUUCAGUUUGGAAAAAGCCGUAUAUCUAUCCUGAAUUUGUCCUGAGAAGUAGGUUUAUGGGGUUUCAGAGCCAUAAAGAUACUGUGUGAUAAAUCACGCAGGUUUAUUGUUAUUUGCCUAAAUUUGAGCUGGAAAUGCUUUAAACUUUGUCCCCUUUCCUGAGAAAAGUAACAAUUUUCACAUUAUCUUGCUCCUAGCACGUUAUAAGUAGAGGUGGGUGCAAUUCAUUGAUGUUUCACGUGAUGAUUCGGCAUCGAUAAUUAAUGUUGAUGCUUAAAAAAUAAAUGAAUAAUAACAUUGGUGCUUUGCCACAAGGCCGGAACAAAAAAAACACGUAACUCGAACCUUAACGUGCACCGCUCGGACUGUUUAGUGAGUGGGACCACAACAAACAGAGCACGUUAGUUUCUUUGCAAAAUGGCAACAGCUUCAGCAGCCUCCAAAGAGCGGCCAAUUCUCUCGCCACCAGGGUUGACUGCAACUGUGUGGAAGUACUUUGGAUUUUAUGAGAGAGCAAACAAAACGACUGACAAGACCUACGCGAUUUGCAAGAUUUGCAAAGCAAAAAUAAAGAACCUCAGUCAGCAACAUCACAAAGAUGAGAAGAAACAGAGAAGGCUCCUCUGGUCGUUCCCGCCACACAGAGGACCAGCCUGGAGACUGUCUCCAAACUUCCCAGUUUAAGUUAAGUAGGUCAAAGUGCGAAUGUUUACAUAACAGUUAUAAAAUCAAAUAUUUUGUGUCUUAAAAAUAUUCAAGUUAAAUGGUCAAAAAACCUUAUUUACUUAUUGAAUGUAGUUUUAGAGGAGCUGAGUUCAUCGAUAGGCUAUUUUGAUAGGCUAAUGUAACCACAGAUGAAGACCAAAUCAAUCUUGUAUGGAAAAAAGCAUCAAAAAUGGCAAUAAUCAAAGAAUCGUGGCAACAAUAAGAGAAUCGACAAUCAUUAUACUCGAAGAAUCGAAGCUCCCAUCAUCAAAAUCGAAUCAAAUCGUGAGGUACCCUUGUUGGAACACCCCUAGUUAUAAUAGAAUAAAAUGAAAUCAUAAGUAAAGGUAUUGGGCUGUAUUAAGGGAAUAGCUCUGUCUAUUACACUGGGAAUAUAACGGGCAGAUCAGCUGGUGGUGACUGUGACCAAGAGGCAGAGGUUCAGUGAAGAAAAAAAUAGUUUUUAAAGCGGAAUUACAAAGUUUCUCUUCAACAGUUCUGAGGUUUCCACUGUUGAAUGUCUCGGUCUCUAUGCAUCUUGGUCUUGUCUUUCUAAUAAAAUAUGUUUGCACUGCCUUUGUUUGUCGUGCCACCCUCUAUAAUCCACCAUUGUGCAUCCGCAGAGCCAAACACUGAUUACUUUUCUGUGUAGAAUUUGGAUGCAUAGCAGUCUGGUCAAUACCUUUGGAACUCCCUGUGUUAUCUGUUUUUGUCCCUUACAAAUAAACUUAACUUGAACGUCUGCCAAUGAAAACAGCCGGAGAGCAUCCAGAGAAUGAACUUGGGGAGACCCACAGCGACUGCAGAUAUGCUUGCAGCCUCAUUAAACCUUUUUUAGGGGACCUUUACAACAUUUGAGAGGAGAGACUGUGGCUAAUGGAAAAUACCCUUUGGGCGAGCUCAGUCCUCCUCUUUCUGAGGCCACAGUAACUGUCGACAAAAUAGUAAAAUGCAGAGCAGAAUCAUUUCAAUGCCAAGGAAUAUGACCUUUAAGUACUUCUUGUAUUUUUUUUCUCUAAUCUCGCUGCUUUUUCUGUCCAUUUUCUUAAUCAGGGCAAACCUGCUCUUGGAUCAGUAUCGUAAAAAGUCCAAACUCUACCGCAGCAAGGUGCUUCUGGUCCCUCUGGGAGAUGACUUCCGCUACGACAAAGCCCUUGAGUGGGAUCAGCAGUACAUCAACUACCAAAAACUGUUUGACUACAUGAACUCUCAUCCUGAGAUGCACGUACAAGUGAGUAGUGAUCUGUCAUAAACCAAAUGUAUGUUGUCAUGUUUUUAUUUGUGCCUCUCAGUGUGUGUGAUGUACUGAGACUCUGAAUGUACAAGCUCACUUGUGAUAGUGAAUCAUGCAGCGUUAUCUUAUCCCUGGGAGAACAAAGAAUCCGUCACAACUCGCUGUUUUUGUUCUGAACAUGCCAUGUAGGAUGACAGGUGCAUGCAUAAUCAUGAGAAAUGUUCUUUUGUUGUUUGUUUAGCUGUGCUUGAGUAAAAUAUCAUGCCUCAUCGUGCCUGUUUGUGUUGUCGGUCUGUUUUAGGCUCAGUUUGGGACUCUCAGUGACUACUUCAAUGCUGUCUACAAAGAACACGGUGUGGCCCAAGGGUCCAGACCUGCAGACUUUCCAGUACUCAGUGGAGAUUUUUUUGCUUAUGCAGACCGUGAAGACCAUUACUGGACUGGCUAUUUCACCUCCCGUCCUUUUUACAAGAGUCUGGACCGAGUUAUAGAGUCACACCUCAGGUGAGGCUGAUGUGUCACUGCAUCACUGAAUACUGAUAAUUCCUGAGGUGUAUACAGAAGCUGAAAAGGAGAGUGAGUCCUAUAACAGAUGCUUUGUCUCCCCUUUGCAGUGCAAACAAAACAAGGGUGUGGUGAGCUUGUUUCAGAGGCAUACAUUUACAGCAAGAUCCUGUAUCCAAGUUUCAGUCCUCUUUGAAUGAAUGAGAACACAGGAUUUCCUCAAACAUGUAAAGGAAGUUAUAGAAAUGGACACAGGCUGCUCUUUUCAUAGAUUUGACAUAACAGACCCCUAGGUCAGAUAUGUUCAAUCUAUUAAAAAUGUUUACACGCCUAUUUCCUUGGAGCUGACGAGAAAAUAAACAACGCAAAAUUCAGGUCCAUUUACAGUCAUUACAUGUUUACACAAGAUUGACAUUUGUCCUCAGGACCAGCGGAGAACAAUAGACAAUGUUCCCAUAAAAAGGAUAAAUAUAAAAAAGAUUAAAUAAGCAAUAAAACUAAUGAAUGAAGCAUAUGAAACUAUAGAUAACAAUAUAAGAGAAUCUUUAAUGCAGCGAAUUAUCAGAUAAACUACACAAACACCCAUGCACACUUUCUAACUUGCAAAAAAUCUACAUUCAUUAGCAAUAUUUUUUCUGUCUUUGACUCCUGUAGUUUUAUUUGAGUUCAAAUGGAUAUUCCGGCGUAAAAUUAAUCAGGGUCACACACACCCUAACACCGAGUUAGACACCCCCUUGAGUGAUGAACGUUGCCGACUGCUUGCUUCUCUAGUUAUACUGACUUUAACCGCACGAUAGCAAAACACGGCAGUCUACGUCUCCACACAAAAACCUCAACCAAAACGCCACUCUUUAACCACAAAUAAUGCUCAGAACAGCACCUAACUUCAUCAACAGUACAUAAAGGGUCCCAGCCAUAGUACUAGCCAGCAAACAUCUUUUAGCUGUGACUGGUUUCUUUAGCAAAGAGACCAAACACAACUCACUCACUCUCAUCCAGCGGCCGCUUGUUUCUGGGGGAGCCCUGACAAGUUAAUCACUGAGUGCAGCAGAGUUUCACAGCUCAUGGAAGAAAAUUUAGGAUUAUUACUUCAUGGAAAUGCAAUCAGACCAAGACGCUAAUGCAGAAGAACUACCGUGUCUGCAGUGCAAAAUGAUUAUUAUGAUGAUUAUUACUUCAUGAGAAUGAUCCGCUGCACUCGGUGAUCGACUCGUCAGGGCUCCCCCACAUAUAAGCAGCUGCUGGAGGAGAGUGAGUGAGUUGUGUUUGCGCGUGGAGACGUAGACCGCUGUGUAUUGCUUUCCUUGCUGAAGUUGGUAUAACUAGAGCAGCAGGCAGUCGACAGCAUUAAUCUCUCGAGGGGGUGUCUAACUCAGUGUUACUGUGUGUUUGACCAUAACUUCAGUUUAUGCAGGAAUAUCCCUUUAAAAAAUCCAUGAAACUAGUAGAUGAAGCAUAUGAAACUAUGAAUAACAAUAUAAGAGUAUCUUUCAUGCAGUGCAAUCAGAUAAACUACACGAACACACGUGCACACUUUCUAAUUUGUGUCUUUGACUCUUGUAAUUUUUUCGAGUCUAAACUGAGUUCCUGAAGGAAGAUUUUAUGGUUUCUGUUUCUUGAUCUAAAAAGUUGUCUGAGGUAGACUGGGAUUUCUUGAUCAUAUGCACACAGCUUCACCAAAGGAAACUCCAUUUUUGUACUCACUGAGUGUUCAUUGUGACCUUCAGGGGUGCAGAGAUCCUCUACAGCCUGGCAGUUGCAAAUGCACGCCACGCUGGCAUGGAAGGGCGUUAUCCGGUCUCAGAUUAUGCUCUGCUAGUCGAUGCCAGGCGGUCUGUGGCUCUCUUCCAACAUCAUGAUGCCAUCACCGGCACUGCCAAGGAGAAUGUUGUUGUUGAUUACGGCACCAGGUAGGAAUCUGUUGAAACAGUGACUUUAUAGAUCCUGUAGAUUUUAUAGUGUUUUAGUAUUCCAUCUGUCCAAGCUGGUGUGUUUGUGGCUAUUUUAUACUCCUCUGUUCACGAUAUGGAAGCGAGUUAGAAGUUGUUGUCUGUGGCUGGAAGUCAUUCUCCCUCUCCCUCCCUAGAUUACUGCGUUCACUCAUCGGUCUGAAGAGAGUCAUAAUCAACGCUGCUCAUUUCCUGGUGAUGAAGAACAAAGAGUUUUAUCGCUUUUAUCAGACGGAGCCAUUCCUGGAAACGGUAAUUGGAAACAUUGAGGAGCGCUCUCCCAAACUGUGUCAGAAACAAUUGGAAAGUCCUGCAUAUUUGGUUCCUUGUGGCAGCAUACAGUAUGUUUUAUUUCUGAGCUCUAUUUUUCAUUCCUGUAGGAUGACAGGCGGGCUACCCAAGACUCUCUGCCUCAGCGCACUUUAAUCGAGCUGGACCCAGCGGGACCUAGGUAUUAUCUGCAUCCCCUCACAUCUUUAAUCUCCCCUUCCUCCCACUCCCCUUCAGCCACUCCUCUGCUGUACUGUGUGCCUGAUUGCUUUUCCCUUUUUUCCUCACCAGGUACGUGGUUCUGUUCAACCCCAUCGAGCAGGAGCGGCUGUGUGCGGUGACUGUGUUGGUCAACACAGUGAGGGUGCGGGUGCUCACAGAGGAUGGACAGACCCUCCCUGUGCAGCUGAGUGCUCAGUGGAGCUCUGCUAGUCAGAUGAGUGCUGAGGUAUUUGAGGUAAGAGAUUAAAUUCAUUAGGCACUGCAGGUUUGCGUGUAGUGAAAUUGGCAUAGCACCGGCUCAGCGGCAGCGUGGCACAUUAUGGUCUAUUCUCGACCUGUUCAGUCAGAAAACUGCUGUGCAGUUGCAGUCAAAGCAAUUUUCACGGAGCUGGGCUUAAAGUCAUUCCUCUUAGAUACUUAAAUUGGAAGAAUAUAGUUGAGUCACAGAGACAUGUGUGAGUGAUACAAGCUGUUGUCGGUUUCUGCAGGAGUAAGUAAAUGAAGUGAGUUUGAGAGAUGGACGCGAAGCAGACUGAAUGAUCCAAACUGUUUAGUUUGGAUGGCUUGUUUGUUCUGAUCAGGGUGACCACGGGUCCUCAAAAAGUCUUACAAAUAAAAGGUCUUAAAUUGUCUUAAAUUCGGAUCAGAAAGGUCUUAAAUGUGCUUUAGUCACUUCACCGUGAGAAUCUCUGGUAAGCACGGAAUAAACGCUAUUCUCGUCCCAGCUCAUCUCGCUAACAGACUGGCUGUGCGUGAGACCAAGUACCUAUGACAAAGCUGACCCAGCAGUUCUACAUUAGUGGCAGAAAUGCUCUUUUGUUCAGAAACACAUUUUAAGAAUGUUCUUGAACAACUGAUUAUUUUCAUUUGUCCUUAUUGUACAUUUGUACCUGACACCAUUGCCUUUAAUUGUAAAAGAAUAUAUUUUCACUUUGGUCUGUAUUUCCAUCACAAGUUUAUGAUGGUAUUAAAAAAGUCUUAAAAAUCUUACAUAUAGCUUCUUCAUACCUGUAGUCACCCUGCUGAUGUUUGGUCAAAAGUUUGAAAAAUAGAUAGUUAAAGCGUUGUAAAUUACACAUCUAAGUUCUUGCAAGUCUCUGUUUUAAAACGUAUUGUGUUUUUUGGCUUAAGUAAAAAUUGCAAAAAAUAUAAGUUAUCGAAAGCUGUGCCACUUUAAGCUGCUUCUGUUGCUGAAAUGUACAGGUUUAGAAAAGAAAAAGGAGUCUGAGGUGUGGGGUUAUGGAGGAAUGAGACAUCUGGAUCUGUGCAGCUCUCUUCUAAUGUCUAAAAGAGCUGAAAGCUGCAGUAGCUGAUGGAAGAAAUACUAAUACCAUGACAGCACUUUAGGUCGAGAUUUUAAUGAAGGUGCAAGUUAAUAAAAAGUAAACACUAUAAAAAAAAAACCAAAACUCUUGUAUAGAAAAUUGUAGAAUACCUCGAGUGAAAUCUCUUUUUCCAGAGCAAAGGUCAUCCACGGAGUAAACAAAACGAGCUGUAUAAUCAGGGCAGAGGUGUCUGAAAAAGUCUGCAGGCUGGUGGUUUGAGUUCUUCGGUUAUUUCACAAGAAGUUUAUUUGUGAGUUUCUUGGGGGAAAAGAAAUGUAGGUUGUGUUUGACAGGCCAUGUCAAAAGCAUGUUUGUAUUGUAAAAAUAAAGGUGCCAACAGAAUAUAUUCUUGAGUAUAAACUAGGUAUCAGAGUUUCUUGUGUGCUUUUCACCUCAUCCUGUUUGAUGUGUGUAUCCGUUAGCUUCCCCUUGUUAUUUUUCUGCUCUGGAAAAAUAACCGAUAAAAACACACCAGUUGAGUCAGUUUGAAUCAUAUGUGGAAUCUGCAGCAUGAAUAAUAACAACUUUUUAAAUUCAUUUAUUUUGCCCGAAUAAACUUCUCUCCACCCACAGAAAGUCAUAAAUUUUAAUGAGACGCAGGCACAUUAACACAAUCACUCAUCACAUUUUAAUUGUAGCACACUGCUGCUAAUGUGUAAAUGCUUUUAACUUUUAAUGACUUACUUUAUGGUCAAUGCUGGCUGUGUAGAUUAAGAGAGAGAAUUAAUUCCAAGCUGUAAAACACAACCUUUUACACCCCCGGUGUUUGUACAAAUUUCUCUUGUAUUUAAAGUGAAACCUUUCUUUAUCCAGGCAACGUUCAUGGUCCGCCUGCCCCCACUUGGCCUAGCUGUCUUCCAUAUUUACGACGCCCCCGACUCGCCCAUGACGCUUCGCUCUGACACCCUGCUCAGGCUUUCUGGUCGAAGCGUCACAGCUCGAGCCGGGGAUCCUCUUCCAGUCCGCUCCCAGCAGUCGGACUCACAGACUUUCUACAUCAGCAGUCAGUCUCUUACUCUGGGCUUUUCUGGAACCACCGGACUCCUGGAGGUUUGUGGUUUUAUCGACCAGUGCCUCUGUCGAGGAAAUCCUUCGUUCAGAUUUAUAGGAGCCUGUAGUGACUUUGAUCCUUUGGAGGAAAAAAAAACCUCCUGAGUUUGAUUUUCCAAUAAAUCACAGCUGUUUGACUAGCAGCAGCAGCAGCAGCACAUGCUUUCUUCACUUUGAUCAAACAUCCUUUCAUCAGUUUUAUUUGUUUUGUUCAAAGUUCUUCCUCUUAAUUCCUCUGCAGAGUAUCAAGCGCAAAGAUGACCCCCAGGAGGUAAAGGUUCAGAUGCAGUUCAUGGUUUACGGCACUCGUCCCUCCAAAGACAAAAGCGGAGCGUACCUCUUUCUACCUGACGGAAAAGCGAAGGUAUUCUCUCAGUUGUUGUGUCUCGGAUGUUUGCUUGCCUCUCAAACAGCUUUGAUAGCAUCUCCUCCUCUGUGAAUUGUGUGGUUGUGUCAUGCUGGGACGCUCGGGGGGGCAGGAAGGCAGACGCACUGGGUUCUGUUUCAUCUUUGUCUUGAUUUUUCUGUCAAUGUUUUAUAGGCUUCCUUGCCGUACUGUACCUCAUUACUUAUUCCUCCUCUGACAUUUUUAGCACUUAUUCUAAAUCUCGUCCUGUUUUCAGCCCUACAACCAGAAGGAGCCCCCCGUGGUGCGCGUGGUGGAGGGGCCUCUCUUCUCAGAGGUGGUGGCACACUACCAGCACUUUGAGCAGACCAUUCGCAUAUACAACGUGCCAGGUAAUAAACACUCAAAACUGCUACAUGGACUCAGCCUAAAUGGCUUUGCAGAAAGCUUUUAAUGUUUAGUUAAAAGGCAGCAGAUGGUACAAUGCAGAAAGGGCCAAUAUGUGUGACAAAGUGACUAUUUAUAAUUCAAUUAGGUAGGCACUUUUCUUGUCAGCUGCUUAUUUCAUUCUUUUAGCAGGCCAAAGGAAAAAUUAUAAAUGCAAAUGGAGAACAGAGGGAGGUGAAUGGAAAAAAGUGUGAGCUAAGUGUGGAUCCUUUAUGGUUUUAUUGCAUUUUUUUAACUGUAUAGAUUAGGGGUGUCCCAAUACGAUAUUGAUAUCGGAUAUCGGUCCAAUAUCAGCAAAAAAAACAAAAAAAAAAAAAAACGAAUCUUAGAUUAUAGUGGCCUGCAACUAAAAUCUCCAAUAUCAGCAGUCUGUUACAGGCAAUCCAUUCCAGACUCCGCUCCAGCAUCUUUAUCUAGCAGCGCCCUGAUCCAGCAUGUAGAGCCGACGUGAUCACAGCAACAGGGUGUACUAAGGUACAAACAAAGUAGCAAGGAGUAGGGGGAUGUCAGCCCUGUGGCGGUAUUUUGCGUGUAAGUCUGAAAAAGACAGUGUAGCUGAGUGCAAAACUCAUGCACAAGUUUGUGCUGAUAUCGGAUCAAUAUCGGUAUCUGCCAAUAUUGAAGGCUACAAUAUCGGUAUUGUAUCGGAAGUAAAAAAGUUGAAUCAGGACACCCCUAGUAUAGAUAUGAAACAGAACAAAAAUGAAACGUGGUGUUUUCCCACUCAAGUGAAGAGACAAAAGGAGUCAUGCAAAUGUUUACACAUCAGUGUUUCUGACUGACAGAAUCAGAUCUUGAGAAAACCUCCCUGAUGUAUCUGCUAUUUGGUUUCUGAAACCUAAUCAGCAGAUGAUCUGUUUCAUUAAAACAAUGACAUAACUGAUAUGUCAGUCUCUCUCUUGGUCAGAUUCCAAUAAUGAGCUGGAGUUAAAUCAUGAUAGAUUGACACCAAACUGAGUGCACAUUGAGUUUGAUUGUGUCCAAAACAUCUGUUUUUGGUCUGCCUCCUCAGAGCCACAGAGCUUCCAGCAGCUGCAAAAGACUAAAUGUUGUGACUGCUGAUCAGCCAGGGCUCAACAAUGCGACUGUUUCACUCGCAUAAAAAUUAGAUGUGUGCAAAUUGUAAAAUGUAUUUAGGGGUACAUGUUGGCAUAAAAAAAUCAGCCGAGGCAACAAAUGUUUUUUCAUGUAAAUACUGCAGUGAAGUUAGUUUUAGGUUGGAUAUUCGACGGACAUUCACUGCGGAUCUACCGGUGUCUUCUCACUCUCUAAAACCAUGAAGAGCAACAGCAGCAUGGUUAAAUCUACUCGGCACCCUCCCUGUCAACGUGGGGUGUUGAAUAAGGGACCAUCAAUAAAUUACCUAUGUUCUCAAAAAAGGCUGUCUCCCUUUAAUAGCUUCUAUGUCAUUUGACCAAUUGACCUAAAAUUGAUUUCAAAUAAUAGUACUGAGGUCGGACAAUAAGACACACCUUUUUAAAAAAUUUUUUUAUUUGUCCUCUAAAAAAUUUUGUGUUAAAUUUAAAGGCAAAUUUUGAACAUUUUCUUCAAUAGCUUCUAUGUCAUGUGACCAAAAGACCUUAAAUUGAUUUCAAAUAAUAGUUCUAAUGUCGACCAAUAAGACAAACAUUAUUUGAUUGAUUGUCAUGUGCUCCUUACUUUUUCAACUUAGAAGCACAUGCGCUCCUUGUGAAAAAAGUUAGUCUCAAGCCCUGACAGCUGUGAACGCUUUUGUCUUUAGGCGUGGACGGGUUGUCUAUUGACAUUAGCACCAUGGUGGACAUCAGAGAUCAGACCAAUAAGGAGCUAGCCAUGAGACUGAUAACAGACAUCCAGAGUGGAGGCGUCUUUUACACGGAUCUCAACGGCUUCCAGGUCAGUCAAAUCCUCGACUUUGUCUCCCACUCAUGAGAUUUCAUGACAGUCUGUCCAUAACCUUUAUAACUAUAUUCUCCUUCUUCUCUUUGCUUUGAGCCUUCAGUCAUGUGUCACUCAGUGUUUGAUUUUUCACUGUAGAUGCAACCUCGUCACCAUCACCUCAAGCUCCCCCUACAGGCCAACUUCUACCCGAUGCCCAGCCAGGCGUACAUCCAAGACAGCCAUCACCGCCUGACUCUGCACACAGCUCAGUCUCUGGGCGUCAGCAGCCUGGAGAAUGGUCUGUAAUCCUUCUUACGCUUGUUUAAUGUCGAGUCGCUUUUUCUUCUUUUCCAUUGGUGUCUGUCUCUCCUGUCUUUGCCCCUCACCUUUUCAAGUAUUAUACCUCCUCCACUUUUCUCUUCAGAUUUUUUUCAGAGAGCAAACAAGUUCAUGCUCUCACAUAAAUGUACUCAGCUAAUCCUUUUAUCACCGUGAUGUGAGUAAUGGAGGCGUCUGUAGAGGACGAACAGCUAAUAGUGUUUUUAUCUCCCCUGAGUGAUGUCUUUAAGUUCAAUACAAAGGCUCUGCAUAAAAGCCACUGUCCUUGCUCCUCCUUCUCCUCCUCCUCCUUCUCCUCCCCCCUCAGGCCAGCUUGAAGUGAUUAUGGACCGGCGGCUGAUGCAGGAUGAUAACCGUGGGCUGGGUCAGGGCCUGAAGGACAACAAGAAGACCGCCAACCGCUUCCGCCUGCUGCUGGAGAGGAGAUCCACGGGCAACAAGGUCAGAAAGAUGGCAGUGAGGGCGGUUAUUGAAGCCGGGCGCACUUUAGAUUUCAGCCCACGUGUCUGACCCUUCAGUGCUGAUGGGCUCCGAGUGCAGCUGUGGAAUAGAAGAGCCUCAUGUCCUUCAUUCUGUCUUCAUUAACACCUUUCUUCAUGUUUUUUUUUCUUAUUCUUAUUACCAUCCAUCUGUCUCUUGUUUCAUCCUCUCCUAACUUUGUUUUCUGUCUUUUUCUUUUCCCGCCUAAUCACCUUCAGCAUGACAACUUCUUUGCCAAACUCUCCUCCUUGUUUCACUUUUUCCUCUCCAAAAUGUUGACUGACCACGCUCAAGAGGUAAUGUUGUUGCCCUAGUAACAGAGAGAGGACGCUUGUUAGUGCACAUCUUAACUUGUGGUCUGUAGUUCCUCCAGUUCCUGUGUCUUUGCUCUCCUUCUCCUGAAACUAGGACUGGGCGAUUUGGCAGAAAAUUAACACGAUUUAUUUUGUCAUAUCGUUCGAUCUCGAUUAUUAUAACGAUUUUUAAAAAAGUAUUUUUUUAAACUGCCAGUUGUAAAGCAUCUGUACUAAAAACUAAAGAAACUAGAGAUUACUUCAACAUUUUAUUAACAUACUAAGUAAAUAUCAAAGCAAAUAAAAUAAAAUAAACAUUGAAAAAUAUAAAAAACAUUUUAACUCAACGGUACAACAAAAGUAGAUAAAUACUAAAUGAUAUAAUGAACUAGUUUACAGUCCUGAGUGUUUUUGCAGGUAUGGAAGACCCAAAAUAAACAAAUCGCUUUCCUCCGAGAUAAUGAAGACGCCUUCAAAUGUAAAUGUUAGAUGAUGUAAAUGUAAAUGUUACGAUUGAUUGCUGCUUUGGUCUGUGGCUGCACCGCUAGUUGUGGCUGAACUGCUGAUGCUACUAGUGCCGUCAGCAGUGUCAGGCUGUGCAGACUCUGCUCACAUUUUAGCAUAAACACUCAGGAAGAACUUCUUCGAAUGAUUAAACAGAUCUGUUGUGUUGCUAGUUUUUGAGGACACCGACUGCCGACAUACCUUGCACAUCGGCUUAAUUGCUUGACGUCACUUUGGAGAUACCUGAACAACUGCCACACAACAGACGUUGAAUAACUUUUCUUCUAAACAAUGACGUCUUUGGAGGAUGACUCAAAUCUAUUUUGCUGCCCUCAGCUCCACGUUUAGCUCCACAUUCGGUCAUUCUGAAUACAGUGGGUAUGGAAAGUAUUCAGACCUCUUUAAACUUUUCACUCUUUGUUUCAUUGCAGCCAUUUGCUAAAAUCAAAAAAGUUCAUUUUAUUUCUCAUUAAUAUACACUCAGCACCCCAUAUCGACAGAAAAAAACAGAAAUGUAGAAAUUUUUGCAAGUUUAUUAAAAAAGAAAAACUGAAAUAUCACAUAGUCACAAGUAUUCAGACAGAAAUGUGCAGGAAAAGCUUGACUCUGAUUGGCUGUUGUGACGCACAUUUCCUCUCUGUUUGAUUGAGUAAAUAUGCUCACAGCUGAUCGCUGUGAUCGAACUGAAAUUUAUCAUGAUCAUUAAUCACGAUCAUAUAAUCACCCAGUCCUAUCAGGUAUCUUUAGCCAAACCGGUCCAUCUCUGUGGCGUUGUCUUUGAAAGUAACAAAUGAUGUCAUCUGUCGAGUAAAUGAAUCUACGUGACAGAGAACGGACGGCUUUGGCUGCGGUUUUGAUGGUUAUUUCUGAAGAGAAUCUGCUGACAGUGUUAGAAAUGAACUUGGAGAUUGUCAAACAUCAUAGUUGUUAGAUUUUGAAAACGCAUCACAGUACCGUGGCUGUAAGGAACCACAUCUAGAUCUGCCUGGACUCAAUUAGAAAUGUAGCUGGUUAUUUAGAGCCCAUUCCUCCUGUAGCGCCGUCACAAGAGAAUUAAACCCCUUUGUGGAGAUUUGUCAUGGGCGUUGGUAAAGUUACUGUCACUCAUAAUUGUUGUAAUCUGUGUCUACUCUCCUCCAGAUGCAAGACAGUGCAACAACCAGCUUCCCAUCCAUACUCAGUCACAUGACCAACGCUUUCCUGAAUCACGACGUCCUCGCUCUGCCCGUCCUACCUAAAAGACGUGGGAUCCCUCCCCUGCAAACCUUCGCCCCCCUCAAGUCCAUCAUGCCCUGUGACCUGCACCUGCUGAACCUGCGUAGCAUCCAGGGCCAGGUGACCGGACUGAACAGAUCAAUCAUAACAAUGUUGUUUUGCAAAUGUUCCGCGUACUGACUUUUCAAAUGUUCCCUGCGGCGGUUCUGUGUUUGUGCGAGCAGCAGGACCCCCACUCUCCUUCUUUGUACACAGCUAUGAUUCUUCACCGUCUGGGGCUGGACUGUGGCCUGGAGGCUCAGAACCUGGGCUUCAACUGCACCACCACACAGGGACAGGUCAGGGUGGAAAAACACACACGAGUACACACACACACAAACAAACAGGCACACUCAAUCAAGCUGAAAUGAGAAAAAAACGAAGGACAAAUGAGGACACCAUCUGCUGGAUUUGUACAUUUCCACCAAACACCCCACUCUCUGUUUUUGCAUCAGUCAAGAUCUGUAUGAUAGUGAGAAAGUAACCUCAUAACCGAACUUCUGAGCUAAAGGGCCCAAGUGCAACUCAAACUGGAUACAUGUUUAGUUACUUUUACACCGCUAUAGCUAUUCCUUUAGUUUUGGGUCAAUGUUAAUAAAAAAAUGAAUUUGAUACACAGGAAGAUACGCCACAAUGAGCAGGAAAUCAAGCAGCUCAAAUCCACUCAGCUGUGUCUGUACUCCUGUAUUAGUCUGACCUGGGGUUUGGCUCUGAUAGUGUUAUUGUAACAAAUACUUUGAGCAGUAAUUUUAAUAUAUUUGUUUAAUAUGUCCGUGCUCUAGCUGAAACCAAUCUUUAAAUGACGGUCUGAUCUCACAAGAUGGGACUCCAUCUGGCCCUUUCCGUACAUUGGGUCCUCGUAAACAGAAUGUGGGGCUGUCAAUGAAUAUUCUAAAUUGGAAUAUAUAUAUUAGAAUAUUUAAAGAAAGAGAGAUUUGAAUGUGAAAAUUAAUAUUCAAAUAUUAAAUAAACAGCAGGGAAAAAGAAAAAAGAAAAACAGCGGCUGCUUUGCGAGUGAGCGCACUGUGACGGCAGGUCACAGGAGCUGCACCUGCAGUGAGACUCGACAAAAACCGUCCGUAGCACAUGCAGAGAGAGAUGGCGGGAUGUUCGGAGCCAGACUCAGAGAGAGUGGUCUGGACUCCAACGAACUUUAGAAGCUCUGUUUGGAAAUUCUUCAGAUUUUGGGCAGACACGAUAGAAAAAAUGAUAAAGUUAUAUGCAACGUGUGUAAACUAGAUAUCUGAAUAUGUUCGAACCAAUGUGUUAUUUUUAGAACGGAUAUUCAAAUGUCAUUUUGGAGGAAUUUUGACAGCCCUAGUCCACACCCCUUGUGAAUUAGUGCUUUUUAAACAAAGACUGAUUGAUUAAUUGAUUGAUUUUUGACAAUGGAAAGAGUGAAAAUUCUUAUCUCCAUUUAGUACUUUAACGGACUCAUUUUUCACUCUUCAAUGUGUUUCGUUUUUGUUGACCUGAAAUGUCUCUUUCGUCUGUUUCUAACGUCUCCCUCCUCUUCCCGCAGCUCAACAUAUCCGGGCUUUUCAAGAACCUGGACCUGCAGCUGCUGCAGCCCAUCUCCCUGACUCUGAUGCACCCCAGCACGCCUCUGGCAAACGACUCCAGCAUCAGCCUGGACCCUAUGGAGAUCUCUGCCUUCAAGCUCAAGCUGCGCUAAGAGCCGCCUGCACUCUCAAAGAGGCAAUAAAAACCAAACCAGACUCCUUGGACCAAGAACCAGGCCAAAGAUGGCCACAAACUAGCAGCAGAGAGGUCUGGAUCUCUCUGUUUUUGUCUAGAGGAACCACAAAUACUUGAGCUGGGAGAGAGGACAGGUCCACUGUAACAGGACGGACUGCACAGCAGGGGGCAGGCCAUAGCUGUUAUUGCGGAUGUCUCUGAGAGCAGCAAAAAAAAAAUGUGAUGAACUGGCUGGAAAACAAAAAAGACUGCCAGGAUCAGACACAGCCGAGAGAAUCUCUCUGUAAUCAGAAAUGAAAUCUCAUUUAGUUCAGCUUUGUAAGAACUCGCGUCUUUUUCUAUCGCCGCUCCAUCCUGGACUGAACUACUGAAUGUAAAUAUAUCCAAAAUGACCUGAGACAAGGGGGGCUGGGACUUGUGCCACAUCAGAGUGCAAUUUACAAAGCUUUAUUUGGUGAAUGGGUUUUUAAUUUUCUACGUACACAAUGAAGACGACACAUCACAGUGAUUUUUUUUUUCUUUUUUUUUGUACUUGACUGCAAUUCAAUCUUUUUUUUCCCGACAGACUCGAAUGCAGCACAGAGAAUGUGUUCUCUGUUCAUCUCACCCCGCCGAGCUGCGGCUCUUUGAAUUCAUGAUGUCUGAGCCCUGAGGGUCUUACGUCGGUCACUACAGGAGAAGAAAAAAUGUGACUGCUUAUCAUAUCAGACGACUGUUUACCUUUCUGUGGGCUGCUUGUAGAUACUCCAAACACUUUGUUUCACUUCUUCCCCCUCCCCACCCCGAGCCUCGUCUCUGCUGAUGAGAAGUUUGUGGAGGAGGAUCUGUGCAUUUCAAAGCUCGUGUCAGUCAUUCCUGCGCUCAUACUUCACUGCUGAGAGUUUGGCUGUGUUUACCACGCUGUAUGCAGUAGAAGAGUACACAAAGACUAUACCUCAUUUAUUCCACACAACAGAUAUAUUGGUGUGUGUGUGCGGGUGUGUGUGUGUGUAUGUGUGUAGCGUAUGUUAAUGUGAGUACUUGGUGAGAUUACAGUGUGCACUAUCAGGGACCAUUCACAGCACUGUUAGGUCUCAUGCGUUAGUCUGAGUGCUUUUGUGGUGAGCGGCGGGUCAUAUCAUGGCAGGAGGAAGAGCACUUGAGGGGAAGAAAAAUGAACGUUUUUUUUUUUUUUUUUUUUUUUAUCUUUGGUUUAAAAAAAAAAAAACUGACACAUUUCCUUCAGUGGUUACUUUUCAAAAAAAGGAUUUGUGGAAUGAUUUGUUUUUAGAUAUCUGCCUGGAGCUGUUUCAGCCUUUGUUUACAUAAUUGAUUAACCUCUUUUAAAAAAUGUCCAAAAAUUCACCCUGAGCUGUCGAUGAACUUUAAUAUGAGCUAAACCACAAAAUACCACACUCUCAUUUGACAAGCCCAAAUAAAAAAAAACAAAAACUAAGAGUUGCAUUCUGUUGAUGAAAAAAAAAAAAAGCUAAAAGGACUUUCUAAAUUACUACCAGUUAAUUUUCUUCCUGUCCUUUCAGCACUUUCCGCAGCUAAACGGAACAAUGAUGUGCUCACUGCAUUACAAUGUUUUAUUUAGAAGAAUAAGACUAUAUCCUGUCAGUCCUGAGAAAUCAUCCCCCUGAUUUGAAAUCUUUGAGUCACUGUAAGAAGCCGUCUCUAAAUCCAAAUUUUGUUUCUUCUCUCUUUGAUCAGAUUUUGACUGUGGUUGAAAAAAUUGGACAAAUCCAAAAAAAAACCGAAACAUUCACACCCGGUUAGACAUGCUAAAAAUGCUCCAUUUUUGAGUGUGAGGCUUUUAUAGACACAUGUGCCAGCCAAAAAAAGUGAGUCUGCUCGCAGCAGCACAAAAUCAAAACAAACCAUAUAACAUAAAAGAAAAGAAAAAGUCUUAAUAUGCAAUCAGAGACUCCUCUCUUGAGUUUUUGGUUCAGUGGUUCACGCACAUAUAAAACAGUCACGUAUGUUAAUUGCCUGUGUGUUACCGUACAAAGGCUUUAUAAUUGGGACACGGUAUCGGAGUGUGUGAAAACUGUGGGUGGGAUAGAGAUGUCGCUGCAAAAUUUUUAGAUGUAAUUUUUCAAAGCUGUGAGCGUUUGGAGUCGAACUCUAUUCAUCUCCAUUGGAGGUAGAAAUCUCCAGAGAGAGAUUUCUCUAAAACUUGACACAUGAAACGAAAAUUGUCUGCGCUUGAAGCCACAGCUAAAUUACUUGUGAGAGAAGGAUGUGUUAAUUCGGUGGAAAUGGCCCUUUUUUUCUUUUUUUUUUUAAGAAGCUAUUGUAUCAAAACAAAUAUAGGGCUCCCCAGUGUCUUCUCAUGCAGCUUUUUUUCAUAUUUCAGCUCCACAUCACUUUUCUCCCUGAGACAUCCUGCGGUUUUUUCAUUCUGUGUGUGUCUGUGGAGGAUGUUGUCAUCUGUGUCCAAAGCUGAGGCCGGACUCUGCACAGCUUCACCUGUGUCACGCUUCAUGCUGCACCACCUUCUUCCAUUUCCCCUCCCUGCUGCGUCCCAUCACUUUAAGUGCUCAUCAGCCUCAUUCUCCACGGGCCUCCUGCUGCUUCACACUCCUCCUCUCUCUUCCCUGACGUCUGCUUUCACGUCCCCUCUCAACACUUUUUCAGACCAAACUUCACAGCUUCCCAAAUUGCACUUUCUCCUGUCAUGUUAUGACCGUGCCAUGACCUUCCAUGUCCCUCUUUUUCUGUGUCUAAAAAAACAACAUGUAGUAAUGUCUUUUUAUUUUUUCAGUAUGUAAUGUCUGUGUAGCGCUGUCUCUGUUUGCUCAGAGGUAAUAAAUGAAGGCGAGGUCUGGUCUGUAUUUGUUAUUUCAAUAUGGAGUUAAGCUGCAGGGGAACAAGAGAGAUGAAUAAAGAUCACUUUAUCAGACACUAA